AUGGAAAGCUUAAAGGAAGAUACUAUUCACCAUACAGCUUUGAAACUAACGGAAGAAAUUAAAAAUCUUUCAAUAUACAAGUCAUUUUAUAGUGAUGUACAAAAACUGGUAUCUUCACCAAACGUUAAAAAAGAAGAUUUUAAACAAACUUUACAACAAGCUAUGAAAGAAAAAGGACUAGACACAAAACUUAGAAAUACAGUUUUUCAUUGGGUUAGAACACAGAGCAAACACAAUAAACUAGAUCCAUUAACUUCGUUAUCAAAAGCUAGUACUCAAUGGGAGAAAAGAAUUCAUAAAUCUUUAAAUUCAAUGUGUUCAGACUUAGAGACUUCUUUAGCGAAAAUCAGGCCACAAAGUGAACAAGAGGAGCUUGCAGAUAAAUGGAAUGAGCUUAGCACAUAUGGUCUAGAUUUAUCAAAAUACCGACCAGUUUAUGCACCAAAGGAUUUUUUAGAUGUUUUACUUACUUUAUCUGGAUAUGUGCCUUUUACAAGAGAAGACGAGCCAAAAUGGGAAUUUGCACAUUUACCUCUACAAGUUAAAGCUUUGGAUCAAUUGCGAAAAGUAUAUAUUGAAUGGGCCAAUGGAGAACCAUUGUUAGGUGUAAACCCAAAUAUGCCAAGUUCAGUUCCUGGUUUUGUAACACUUGAAGCGGAACGUUUUGCUCUCGGUGAAAGAGUAGCUGCUUUAGGAUAUGCUCCAGUAAUUCAGGAAUAUUUGAAAAAAGGUAGUCCACAAUGUUUGAGGGCAAGACUUUGGACUCAAGUCUUAGGAGCUGAAGUCAAACACCAGCAAAUAACGUACUUCAAUCAAUUAAAGAAGAGCGUGCUCGAAGUGGAUUUGAUGAUUGAUAAGUUAAUUUUCAAAGAUGUGCAGCUAACUGCUUCUAACGAUGACCAAUAUUUCGUAUUUGAGGAUUUGCUGUAUCAGGUGAUGCUUUGCUUUUCUCGAGAUAGUGAAGUAUUGACAGCAAUUAGAUCCCUCGCUGGAGCAGCCCUCACAGUCGCGGUGAAGGGACGCCACCCGCCAGACUGUUACACUGCCUUUCCUCCCAGCGGAGUCAUUCCCUUUCAUGGCUUCACUAUGUACGCUACUCCAUUUUGUUAUUUAUACGAUGAUCCUGUUCAACUAUAUUUUAUAUUUAGAGCUUUUUAUAUGCGUUAUUGGCAUCGACUGCAUUACAUCUCUACACAUCCUCAGGGUAUUGUAUCUCUUUGUCUUCUGUACGAGAGACUUUUAGAAGCAAAUGAACCUCUUUUGUGGAUACACUUCAGGAAUAUCAACAUUAACCCUAUUCGUGUGGUAUUCAAAUGGUUAAUGCGAGCGUUCAGUGGGCAUCUGCCACCAGACCAGUUAUUACUGCUAUGGGACGCCAUUCUUGGAUAUGACUGUUUGGAAAUUCUUCCUUUACUAGCUUUAGCUAUUUUGAGCUUUAGAAAGGAGAAUAUUUUUCAAGUGAACACUUUACAAAAUGUCGACGCAGUGUUGGCAGAUCUCUCAACAAUAUCGGUUAUUCCAUUAUUGCAAUUAGCGUUGAUGAAAUCA